ACAUUUUCUAAAACUUCAGCAUUUCCAAGAAAUCAUGGCAAUAUCUUGUUUUUCUUUAAGACUUUUGAAGCAGUUUUACUAGGUAGAUUAGAUUGACCUUGAACUGUUGAACCUCUAAGUGCAGUCUCCCAAAUUCUGGGAUUAAUUAGAACUGUCACCCUAUCUAAUACCUCACAGUGUGUAAUGACAUCUCACAGUGUCACUUUUUAGUAUUUUCUAUUUGCUAGAAAACUUUGGGCUCACUUAAAUGUGUUUAUUUAACCCCCACAACAUCCCACAUAAAGUAGGAAUCACUAUUUUUCUUAUUUAUAUUAAGCGGUGGUACAAGAGCAGUGGGGACCCAAAUGAUUCUCUGAUAUGAUUAGUAAGAAAAUCAUUCAUUUCAUUUUAGUCACGAUUAAAAUAUUUCCGUCAAAUGUCCUUUCUCUGUGAUGCCAGCGUCUUCUUGGGGUUUCCCCAGUCAUCUGUUAGAAUAGGUUUUGCACUAAUCUUUGUAAGGCUACUAAGCAUUUCCCCAGGACAGCUGUGGCCCCUCCCUACUUUCUGAGCCACGCCUUCAAACUCAUUCCAGGUGUCCUUAGCAAAUGACUCCCAAGGCUCAAAGCCAUUGGCCAAUGCAGAGCCAGGAGCCACGUAGGGCAUAGUCACGCUGUUCCUGGGGUUAGGGGCAAAGGUUGCUGAAAGCAAGCCAGGCUGUGGUCGAAAUUAGCCUGUGCAUCCAGAUCCAAGCCUGGAAAGGGUUUGCCUCAGAGGACACUUCAAGAACUGAACAGAGAAAUCCAAGCGAACUGCCUGAAUCUUCGAGAAUUCUCUUGUUCUACCUUCCAUAUAAAGAACCAGGACCAAUUGAAUUGGUGACCUUUGGUUUCCACCAGCUGUGGAUGCCUUUGACAUUAUGACUGCUGAAGAUUCCGCCACAGCCAUGAACAGCGAUCCAACAGUGGGGUCCUCCACCAAAGUACCGGAGGGUGUAGCGGGCGCGCCCAAUGAGGCUGCACUGUUAGCACUGAUAGAGCGCACCGGCUACAGCAUGGUACAGGAGAACGGGCAGCGCAAGUAUGGUGGACCCCCACCCGGCUGGGAAGGCCCACAUCCCCAGCGUGGCUGUGAGGUCUUCGUGGGCAAGAUCCCACGUGACGUGUAUGAAGAUGAGCUGGUGCCUGUGUUUGAGACCGUAGGUCGCAUCUAUGAGCUGCGCCUCAUGAUGGAUUUCGAUGGCAAGAACCGCGGCUAUGCCUUCGUGAUGUACUGCCACAAGCAUGAGGCCAAGCGAGCCGUUCGGGAGCUCAACAACUACGAGAUCCGCCCUGGCCGUCUACUGGGUGUGUGCUGCAGUGUGGACAACUGCCGCCUCUUCAUCGGUGGCAUCCCCAAGAUGAAGAAGCGCGGGGAGAUCCUGGAGGAGAUCGCCAAGGUCACCGAGGGCGUGCUCAACGUGAUUGUGUAUGCCAGUGCGGCAGACAAGAUGAAAAACCGAGGCUUCGCCUUUGUGGAGUACGAGAGCCAUCGUGCCGCAGCGAUGGCACGCCGCAAGCUCAUGCCGGGUCGCAUCCAACUGUGGGGCCACCAGAUUGCUGUGGACUGGGCCGAGCCAGAGAUUGACGUGGACGAAGAUGUGAUGCAGACAGUGAAGAUCCUCUACGUGCGCAACCUCAUGAUAGAGACCACCGAGGAGACCAUCAAGAGGAGCUUUGGCCAGUUCAACCCAGGCUGCGUGGAAAGGGUCAAGAAGAUCCGUGACUACGCCUUCGUGCACUUCACUAGCCGUGAGGAUGCUGUGCAUGCUAUGAACAACCUCAAUGGCACAGAGCUGGAGGGCUCCUGCUUAGAAGUCACGUUGGCCAAGCCUGUGGACAAGGAGCAGUACUCCCGCUACCAGAAGGCAGCCAAGGGUGGUGGCGGCUCAGCUGAGGCGGUAGCGCAGCAACCCAGCUACGUGUACUCCUGCGACCCCUACACGUUGGCCUACUAUGGCUACCCCUACAACGCUCUCAUCGGGCCCAACCGGGACUACUUCGUGAAAACAGGCAGCAUAAGAGGCCGAGGGAGAGGCGCAGCCGGAAACAGGACCCCAGGGCCCAGGGGUUCCUACCUCGGAGGAUAUUCUGCUGGCCGUGGUAUAUAUAGCCGAUAUCACGAAGGCAAAGGCAAACAGCAGGAGAAAGGAUAUGAACUUGUGCCGAAUUUGGAGAUCUCUCCUGUCAACCCAGUUGCCAUUAAACCUGGGACAGUGGCCAUCCCUGCCAUCGGUGCUCAGUACUCCAUGUUCCAGGCAGCCCCAGCCCCGAAAAUAAUCGAAGAUGGCAAGAUCCACACAAUGGAACACAUGAUCAGCCCCAUUGCAGUGCAGCCUGACCCCGCCACUGCUGCUGCCGCUGCAGCCGCUGCCGCUGCCGCCGCUGUCAUUCCUGCAGUCUCCACACCGCCACCUUUCCAGGGCCGUCCAAUAACUCCUGUGUACACCGUGGCACCAAAUGUUCAGAGAAUCCCCACCGCCGGCAUCUACGGGGCCAGCUACGUCCCCUUUGCUGCUCCGGCCACUGCCACAAUCGCCACACUACAGAAGAACGCCGCAGCCGCCGUGUACGGGGGCUACGCCGGCUACAUACCUCAGGCCUUCCCCGCUGCUCUCCAGGUGCCCAUCCACGACGUCUACCAGACUUACUGAGACCGGGGGACCGGAGCCAAGGCAAGCCACCAAACCCCGCUGAAGGAACACUUUAUUAUUUAUGAAGAAAGAACGUAUCGGGUUGGCACACGUGCAAAACCUGCAAGUGAAGAAGAAUGUUAUCAAAUAGCACACUGAAAUAUUUUAUAUCCAUGAAGUUUUCACUCGCGUUUUUUUUUUUUUUUUGAAAAUGACUUUUCAACUUAGCAGGCCCGCGUUCAUACAUUUCUAAGAGACUUGCGACGCCUCACGCCUUAAUGCCAUCUUUUAAAAUUUGUACGCUCUUCUGCAUUUGUACAGAGGUUUGGUUUUGUGUUUUUUAAGGAUAUAUUUUCAGUAUGAAGGUUAUUUUCUUAACUUCUGCACUCCAGAGUUUUCUAUUUUGUAGAACCUUUCAAAGUAUAUCAGCUAUAUGUAUGUAUAUCAAAAAAAAAAAAAAAAAAA